AAAUUUCUAGAACUCUCUCUUAUCAUCUCAUAAAACCCCCCAUUAAAAACUUUCUAGGGUUUUAUCCUCUCCGACUCUCUCCUCUGUUUCAGCGAAUUCGCACCAACUCGGGACCUCUCGCUCCACCAGUCUCCAAGCUCAUCAUUUGAUUUAUUCUAAAGUAAUGGCGACAGCUCAGCUCACAGCAUCAUCAAUCUCCGUAACGGCGAGAAACUUGACAUCAUUUGAAGGUCUGAGACCCGCAACGUUUGGGAGAAUGAAGACUGGAGCUCUCUCGGAACGGUUAUUCCGGGGGCUGGUUGUCAAAGCAGCCACUGUGGUUGCCCCAAAGUUUACUUCAAUUAAGCCCACUGGUGAUAGGGUUUUGGUGAAGAUCAAGACUGUAGAGGAAAAGACAGAUGGUGGGAUUUUACUUCCAACAUCAGCUCAGUCAAAACCACAGGGAGGUGAGGUUGUUGCUGUCGGCGAGGGGAAGACACUUGGGAAGACGAAAGUGGACAUUUCUGUCAAGACUGGUACCCAGGUGGUGUAUUCAAAGUACGCCGGGACUGAGCUAGAAUUCAAUGGUUCAAAUCAUCUUAUAUUGAAGGAGGAUGAUAUUGUUGGUAUUCUUGAGACAGAAGAUAUCAAGGAUCUGAAGCCUCUCAAUGACAGAGUUUUGAUCAAGGUUGCUGAGGCUGAAGAGAAAACUGCUGGAGGUUUGCUGCUAACAGAGGCGACAAAGGAUAAACCUUCAAUCGGAACAGUUAUUGCAGUUGGGCCAGGUCCUCUAGAUGAGGAAGGUAAUAGGAAGCCUUUUCCCAUCUCUCAAGGGAGCACUGUUCUGUACUCCAAGUACGCUGGAAAUGACUUCAAGGGCAGUGAUGGCUCUAACUACAUUGCUCUUAGGGUUUCUGAUGUUAUGGCCGUGCUCUCGUAGUGGUCAUUUUAUCGUGCUUGAGUAGGCGAUGCAAAAUUUCUUGCUUGAGUUGCCUCAAGGCAUACGAAUUUUGAAUAUGUAUUUGGUUAUUGUUUACGUUAUGUUUAUGCAACUUCAUAUGGCUGCUACACUAGUCAAAACGUCAACCGAUCUCGGAUGAUGCAAUAAGGUUAAAAUAGUGAACCUAUGUUAAGUUAUAAUUGAGCCGAAGUUAGUUGAAGAGAUUACAGUCAAGCGUGGAAAGAUAA